GAACAGGUACAUCAUAAUGGUGAGAAUAGUAUGGAGCCUUGUUGCCUUCCUUACUCUAAUGAGAAUGCUGAUCUUCCACAGGAUCUGUUUAGAGAAUGCAGAUAAAAAGUGAGAUUACUGUUUACCAUGAGCAUUACGAAAAGCACCGAGUCUCCUGAGACAGGAAAAAGAAAUUGAUUUCUCCAUGUUUUUCAUACUCCACGAUACUCUUCAAAAGCAGUUUCUCGGCACAUAGCUAUUGAUCUACUGCUCAGGAAGGUAAAUUAAAUAUGAGAUCACACAAACAGAAAACACGUUCCUACAAGUUCCCUGCAAACUGCCCAAGACUUCAAGCCAAAGAUUGUGGUGAUGAGUAGCCUGCGGGUCAUUCUUCAAGCCUCUUUAUGCAAAUCGCUGUGGAGAAGAUGCCAGAUUCUGAGAUCCAUGCCAGUGAGGCCCUGCAGCCUCUACACCUGCAGUUACAAAACCCGGAACCGAGCCUUGCACCCACUCUGGGAAAGAAUGGACCUGGUCCCCGGGGGCGAGCGCCAGUCGCCCAUCAACAUCCGGUGGAGGGAUAGCGUCUACGAUCCUGACUUAAAACCGCUCACCAUCUCUUAUGACCCUGCCACCUGCCUACACCUCUGGAAUAAUGGAUACUCUUUCCUUGUGGAAUUUGAAGAUUCUACUGAUAAAUCAGUGAUCAAGGGAGGACCCCUGGAAGAUAACUAUCGAUUGAAGCAGUUCCAUUUUCACUGGGGGGCCAUCGAUGCCUGGGGCUCUGAGCAUACUGUGGACAGCAAAUGUUACCCGGCAGAGCUGCACCUGGUGCAUUGGAAUUCAGUCAAAUUUGAAAACUUUGAGGAUGCAGCACUGGAAGAAAAUGGUUUAGCUGUGAUAGGAGUAUUUUUAAAGCUAGGGAAAAAUCAUGAAGAGCUACAAAAAUUGGUGGAUACGUUGCCAUCAAUUAAGCAUAAGGAUACCAUAGUGGAAUUUGGGUCAUUCGACCCUUCCUGCCUGAUGCCCACCUGCCCGGACUACUGGACCUACUCAGGACCCCUGACUACCCCACCACUCUCUGAGUCCGUCACCUGGAUCAUUAAGAAGCAGCCUGUAGAGGUUGAUCAUGAUCAGGUACAUUCUUUCCACGUUUCUGUAUAAGGAAAUUCUAGUUUUCCUCUUCAAAACAAGCCUGGGCUCAAACUUUGGGAUCAGUUUUUAACUUAUAAUGCUUAUACAUUCUUAUUAAAAUGUGCUAACUUCUUGUCUAAUUUGGGUAUGAAUUAGAAAAAGCUUUAGUGAACCAGGGAAAGGUGUUAAAACAUAGAACAUAAGCUUUUUGCUUUCAUUCUUGACAGUGACCUAUAUUUUGCUGUGUACACAUU